AUGUCCUUAGUGUUCGCGGAUAGAUCAGUCAAAUCCCUAGUUGGUAUACUAGAGGAUCUCCAAGUAAAAGUCGGAAACACCUCUGUUUCAGCAGACUUCGUUGUUCUGGAGCUGGAAGAAGAGUCUAAAGAUCCUCUCAUCUUGGGAAGACCAUUCCUAUGUACUGUUGGAGCCAUCAUUGAUGUGCGACAAGGGAAGAUUGAUCUGAAUCUUGGGGACAUAGUAAUGCAAUUCGAGAUGGAUGAACUACUAAAAAGCCAAUACGGGUAUGCCAAGAUGCUUGAUUCCGCAAGGAGUAUGGGAAGAAUGGUAGCGAGUCUAAGUCUGGGGGAGGUAAGCAACAGGGACGAGAACACUCCAGCUGGAGCGACCCCUACACCGAACUUGCCUGUUCCGCCGAACCAACCAGAUGAUCCCUGGAGCGAGCUUAAAGCUCCCAAGGUUGAGCUAAAACCCCUUCCCAAGGGGCUCAGGGUACUAAAAAGGUGUGAGGAGAAACAUCUAGUGCUCAAUUGGGAGAAGUGCCACUUCAUGGUCAGGGAUGGGAUUGUUCUGGGGCACAAGAUCUCCGAGAAAGACAUUGAGGUGGAUAAGGCAAAGAUCGAGGUGAUGAUGAGCUUGCAACCAACAACAACUGUGAAAACUAUCAGGAGUUUCUUGGGUCACGCGGGGUUUUACAGAAGGUUCAUCCAGGACUUCUCAAGGAUAGCGAGACCACUCAGCAGACUGCUCUGCAAGGAGAUCAAGUUUAAUUUCGACAGUGAGUGCUUAGUUGUGUUCCAUACCAUCAAAGGAGCUCUAGUCAGCACGCCUGUAGUACAACCGCCAGACUGGGAUCUCCCUUUUGAAAUCAUGACUGAUGCCAGCGAUUUUACUGUUGGAGCAGUCCUUGGGCAGCGCAAAGAUAAGAAACUUCAUGUAAUCUAUUACGCAAGCAAAACCAUGGAUGAAGCUCAAUGCAGAUACGCUACGACUAAGAAGGAACUUCUGGCUAUUGUUUUUGCAUUCGAGAAGUUCAGAUCCUACCUGGUGGGAUCUAAGGUGAUUGUGCACACCGGCCAUGCUGCUCUAAAGUGGAUUCUUCUUCUCCAAGAAUUCGAUCUUGAGAUAAAAGAUAAGAGAGGGGUCGAGAAUGGGGUUGCAGACCAUUUGUCCAGAAUGAAGAUUGAGGACGACACAACUCUUGAUGAAGAACACCCAGUGGAACACGUCAACGCGAUUGGUCUGCGUUUCGCGGAACAACCUCUGGGAAUGAUACCCGACUGUUCUCGCAUCGCGGAACAGCCAGUCGCCGCGAUCCAAAAGCAGUACUCUCACCUCCCGUGGUUUGCUGAGAUUGCGAAUUUUCUUGCUGCUGAAAAGCAACCUCUUAAGUUCACUGGAAACGACAAGAGGAAAUUUUUAAGGGACGCGAGGCGUUAUGUUUGGGAUGAACUGUACUUGUACAGACAUUGCAAGGAUGGCUUGUUCAGAAGGUGUGUUCCAGAGGCAGACAUCCCAGGAAUACUACAUCAUUGCAAUGGUUCUUCUUACGCAUGCCACUUCGGUACAUUCAAAACGGUUUCCAAAAUCCUUCAAGCGGGUUUCUGGUGGCCAACUAUGUUCAGGGAUGCUCACGCCUACAUAGCCAGAUGCGAUGCAUGCCAGCGACUUGGGAACAUCAGCAAGAGGAAUGAGAUGCCUCAGAAUUACAUUCUUGAGGUUGAGGUGUUCGACUGUUGGGGAGACGAUUUCAUGGGCCCAUUCCCUCCAUCCUUCAAGAACGAGUACAUCCUCGUUGCCGUUGACUAUGUAUCUAAGUGGGUAGAAGCGAUGGCGAGUCCCACUAAUGAUGCAAAAGUGGCGACUAAGAUGUUCAGCUCCAUCAUCUUUCCGAGAUUUGGAGUGCCUCGAGUGGUCAUUAGCGAUGGUGGAACAUACUUCAUCAACAAGGCAUUUCAGGGCCUCUUAAAGAAGAAUGGAGUAAGGCACAAGGUGGCGACUGCUUAUCAUCCACAAACGAGUGGACAGGUUGAGGUUUCCAACAGAGAGAUCAAGAGCAUUCUCCAGAAAACUGUCAACACCUCAUGA